AUGGCUGCCAGAAGGCGCUGCUUACUUUCAUGCUUACUUGGAUUACUCCUGUGCGCUUUAGUCGGUGUGACCUCGGGGGCCGAGCUGUCCUUCACCCUGGAGCCCAGUGACAUCAUCGCGGUGCAGGAGCAGCCCCUGAUGCUGCACUGCCAGGUGAACGGCGUCCCGCCCAUCACCACGCAGUGGAGGAGGAACGGCCUUGUGCUGACGGAGGGCCGCAGCCACGCCACCUUCGCCAACGGCUCGCUGCUCAUCGGCCGCUUCCAGCAGACCAAGCGCGACGGCUCCACUGACGAGGGCGACUACGAGUGCGUGGCCCAGAACUCCUUCGGCCUGGUGGUCAGCCGCAAGGCCCGGGUGCAGGCCGCAACGAUGGCAGAGUUUCACGUGCAGCCCCAGCCGGUGCGGGCGGAGGAGGCCGGGGUGUGCCGCUUCCAGUGCCAGAUCCACGGCCUGCCGGAGCCCGUCAUCAGCUGGGAGAAAGACGGCCGCCCCGUAGACACCACGGACGAGAGGUACACGCUCCUGCCCACGGGGGUUCUCCAGAUCACGGGUCUGCGCUCGGAGGACGGCGGCGUGUUCUGCUGCGUGGCGCACAACAGCGCCGGCGUCAAACACAGCGACGAAGCCAGCCUCACCGUCUCAGGCUCUCAGCCCUCUGUUUACAAGGAGCCCAUGAUCCUAGUGGGUCCUGAAAACCUCACGCUCACUGUUCACCAGACCGCCAUUUUGGAAUGUGUAGCCACUGGAUACCCACGCCCAAUCGUCUCCUGGAGCAGGCUAGACGGGCGUCCGAUCGGAGUGGAGGGGAUCCAGGUGCUGGGCACGGGGAACCUGAUGAUCUCGGACGUCAGGGUGCAGCACUCGGGGGUCUACGUCUGCGCGGCCAACAAGCCCGGGACCCGCGUGCGCAGGACUGCUCAGGGGAGGCUGGUGGUGCAAGCCCCCGCCGAGUUCAUCCAGCCCCCCCAGUCCAUCGCCCGCCCGGUGGGCACCACCGCCAUCUUCACCUGCCUGGCGCAGGGCGAACCCGUGCCCCAGCUCAACUGGCUGAAGAACGGGCAGAUCCUGGAGCCCGGAGGUCACGUCAAACUCAGGAACAACAACAGCACGCUGACCAUCUACGGCAUCAGCCAGGAAGACGAGGCCAUCUACCAGUGCAUCGCGGAGAACAGCGCCGGGUCCACCCAGGCCAGCGCCCGCCUGACGGUGCUGUGGGCCGACGGCCUGCCCGGCGUCCCCUCCUCGGUCCGCGCCGGCCCCCUGUCCCCCACCGCCAUCCGGGUGUCCUGGAAGGAGCCCGUCCAGAACACACAGGACAUCAUCGGAUACGUCCUCCACAUCCGCAGAACCGCAGACCCGAUCGAGAUGGAGUACCAGGAGGCCGUCAGUAAGAGCACUCUGCAGCAGGUGGUGAGCGAGCUGGAGCCCUCAACCAGCUACACCUUCUACGUCAAGGCCUACACCUCCCGCGGGGCCAGCAAGCCCUCCGAAACAGCGGAGGAGAGCACCCUGGGGGAGGUGCCGGCGCCGCCCGCGCUCUUCGCCCGGCUGGUGAACAGCACCGCGGUCCAGACGGCCUGGGAGCCCUCCGGGAAGCCGGGUCAGCACGACGGCUACAAGCUCUACUACCGCUCGGUGCACUCGGCCCAAUUCACCGGGCCCCUCACCUUCCCCCGCAACGUCACCCAGCACAACAUCACGCAGCUCGACCCCACCCUGGUGUACGAAGUGAAGGUGCUGGCCUUCAAUCGGCAUGGCGACGGCAAUGCCACCACGCGCUUCGUCUCCAUGAAGGAGGCCAUGGAGAGAUCAGUGCUGAGCCCCCCCUGUGACUGCGUGAAAGAGGACCCGGGGAAGGGCACCACCGGCAUCAUCAUCGGCAUCCACAUCGGCGUCACCUGCAUCAUCUUCUGCGUGCUCUUCCUCAUGUUCGGCUACCGGGGGAGGCUGAUGACCUGUAAGAAUGUGCAGGACCAGCUGGCUCUGCCUCAGGUGGCUCACAGCAUGCCGCUGGAGGACCCCUCCCCCUCCCAAGGUGCCCUGGCCCUCAACAUGGUGGCCCUGCCUAGCGGUGAGGGCAGAGGGGGCACUGCAGGGAAGACCGGGGACACCGAGCUGGAGAGGCUCUUCCCAGGCCCACCCAAUGGAGACGGGCGGGGCAGGACGCUCCAGGUCACUCAGGCCUCUUCUCCACUGGAUGAGACGCAGGUAUCCACGCUGCCCCAGGAUGAAUUCAGCGUUGUGGAGGAGGGGGAGACGCCGUUCCCGGAGCGGGGCAGUGCUGGGCUGGAGGAAGUGUGA